CGAGGAGCCCCGGAGCCUCCCCCGGAACCUUCCCUGGAACCGCACGCGGGAUGGAGCGGUCGCGGGCGCCCUACGAGCCGCUGCCGGAGGCGCUGGACAUGCAGGGGCUGCCUCAGAGCGCCGUGAUACCGGUGGAGGGCCCCCGGGAGCCCCCGCCCCGAGACCACCUCGUCUGGUCCAUCUGCACCACGCUGUACGCCAACGUCUGCUGCCUCGGCUUCAUGGCGCUCGUCUACUCCGUGAAGUCCAGGGACCGCAAAGUGCUCGGUGACUACAGCGGAGCGCUGAGCUAUGGAUCCACCGCCAAGCAGCUCAACAUCACUGCCCUGGUGCUCAGCAUCGCCCUCGUCGCCCUCGCCAUCUUCAUCGUCAUCCUCGCCGCCAAUGGCACCAUUGCUGCCAUGAAGAGCUUCAUGAACGAGCAGGAGCAUCAGCCCUUCUAUGGCCCCACUUAGCCCUCACAAGUGCAGUGACACCUCCCUGGAGCACCCUGGAGCCUGCUGGGAUCCUGUCCUCCUUCCCUCACUGCUCACAGCCCCUGUGGAGCCUUUCUUUGCCUCCCUGGAAGUGCAUGGAUGCACUCUGGGAGCUGAGCUCCCAAAAACUGCCUAUAGCAAAGGGGCAGAGCUUGUUUUCCUGCUUGCUGCUUCGCCCUGAUUUACAGCCCCAAGUGCCCCAGAGGAAAAAUGCUUCCUUCCAAAAACCUGGUUCAAAUAAAGGUUUCUUUCACUUUU